CUAAGUAAAUUCCGUCAUGCCGGUUUCCAAAAAAUAUAUUUUUAAAAAACGUUAUUCAUUUAUCAUACGGACACGUCAUCAAUCAUUUUUAUUUUCUAUUGUUGUACUUAUAUAUACAUUAGCACGCGUAAACCAGAACACAAAUACGAAAGUUAAAUAUCGGAUCUGAUCAUAAGGAUACACACCUAUAUACAAAUAUUCUUUCUGAAAAUAUACACAGCGAUGGCAAUUGGAAUUCUGGAGAGCAUUUGUUUUGUCCUUAACUGGUCAGUCAUUGUGCUUUGUUUAUUCAUGAAGGUACCACAGAUAAAAUCUUCUUUUGGGUCGAUGGAUACGAAGGGUAUCAGCCUAGGCAGCGUUUUGCUAGAAAUGCUUGGGUAUUCAGUUUUGUUUUGCUACAGUUUUGCGAUGAAUUAUCCAAUAGGAAUGUACUUGGAGCAAGGACUGUUACUUAUACAAAAUUUCUUCUUACUGGGCCUGAUCAUUCAUACACGAAAUAUAUUAUCACCAAAAGUAUUCUGUCUGCUUGCCCUAUAUAUGACUGCCAGCUACUGUGUAGCAUUCAGAUGUGUUCCGGAUUUCGUUUUGAAGUCAGUCGUGUUUUUGAAGACACCUCUUGUAGUAUCGAGCAAAUUGGCUCAAAUUAGAGCUCUAUAUAGGAGUAAAAACCCUGGAAAGCUAAGUGCAGCAACUUGGAGUAUGGCGGCUUAUGGAUCUUAUGCGAGAUUGUUUACCUGCUUUGUGAUGACAAGAGAUUGGUUACUUCUACUGAACUAUACAUGUGCUGCCGCUUUAAGCUCUACCGUUGUUGCAAUGAUUAUCCAUUACUCAAGAAGAAUUAACAAGCUGAAGUGAAGUAAUAACUAUUCAUAGCACCAAAGCAGUAUAAAAUGUUUAUAGCUCUUUGAUAGCACCAAUCAUCGGGUCAAGCAAUACGCAAAUACAUAACACAUCACUAUCUGGAACUAAUACGAAGCCCGUGUCAUGUGUAAAUGAUCAUCUAAAGAUAAAGACUAGACUACAGCAAUUUUAGAUAUACAUAUUUAAGUGACAUAAAGUUGGACACAAACCAGUCAAAUAUAUAAAAAGAACACGAGGUUGGAGAAAUGGCACAAAAUUAAAACAGCAGUUGACAAUAUCUUAUGCUGACAAAAAUGUAAAAGGCACCUUGAACGAAAGGUUAACAUUCCUGAAAAUAUCUUACAUUAAAUGAUUAAAAUAUUAAAGAAAGCUAAGAAACUGUUAA